AACGAAUAAGAAUUUGCCGAUCCAAGCAAAUCAUCGCUACUGUCGUGACAGUCGUGUACGAGCAGAAGAAAGUGAUUUCACAUCAAAAGAACACAACAAAAACAAAGAAAUCAAAUUUAAUUGAACUAUUUAAACAAACAUAAUAUAAUAAUAGUCAAGUGAUAAAUAAAGAGUCUAAUACAAAUUCAAACUAUAAAUGAUUUGUUUGGAGAAGGUGGCGAAACGUCAGGAGCACACACAGAUUGUUACAGAGCAAAUGAAUUGUUGUUGGCGCCUCAGUGUCUGUUGGCGCUCUUGGCUUUGGUGGCGGUAAACAAAAAACGAAUCUACUAAACGAAGAAAAAUACAAAGAUAUUGAAUAUUUAAAAAAAGAUAUCGGUGACUGAAUUUCGAAAGAAAGUCUUCUUAAAUUGUAUUUAAAAGUUGUGCGGCUUACAAAAGAGUAAUUAUUUUCUUUAGAAAAUCCUCGAAAUGUACAACACCGCAAAACCCAAGGAGGUGAAUCCUCGCGCAAAGGCCGGGUUUUUGUCUCAGCUUUUCUUCACAUGGAUAAUUCCAUUGAUGUAUAAGGGCUGUAAAAAUGGCCUGAAGGAGGACGAUCUACCCCAAUGUCUGCCAGACGAUGAAUCUAGAAUUCUAGGCGAUAAAUUAGAAAAGAACUGGUUUAUAGAAUUAGAAAAGUCCAAGAAAUCCAAGCGUAAACCUAAACUGAGGAAGGCAGUGUGGAGGACCUUUUGGCCGCUGGCCGUUACCGAUGGCAUCGUUUGUUUUCUUUACAUAAUGCUGAAGUCUCUUAUUCCUUUGUUUUUGGCUCAACUCCUCUUAGAGCUGCCAAAUGCCUACCAAGAUCCUUCGAAAGAUUCUAAUGUCUCAAUGGAAAAUUCAACAGACCCUAGCAUCGAUACCAUUCAAUCAAACAACAACAUUCAACUAAGGGUCUGGACCUAUAUGUCAUGGAUGUGGCACAACACUUAUUGUCUGGGCGGUUUUCUGGUGGGUCUAACUAUGUUUGGUUGUUUUAUAAAUCAUCAUGUGGAUCAAAGACAAAAACGAAUGGGUGCCAAAAUGAGAAUAGCCUGUUGUUCUUUGAUCUUUAGAAAGGCCUCGAAACUAUCAUUGAAAACAGCUGGAGACAUCUCUGUGGGUCACAUUGUCAAUCUAAUAUCCAAUGAUGUAAAUCGCCUGGAUAUUGGUUUUGUCUUUGCCCACUAUCUCUGGAUAUUACCCAUACAAACUGUGCUCAUUGGGUAUUUGAUUUGGAUUCAUAUAGGCUAUGCAGCCAUUGUGGGUGUUGUGGCCCUCCUACUGCAAACCAUACCCGUGCAACUGAGUCUCAGCAAAUGGACAGCCAGAUUGAGGCAACGAAUCGCCGAACGCACUGACGCUCGUAUCAGUAAAAUGAAUGAAUUGAUCCGUGGCAUACAAGUAAUUAAAAUGUACUCUUGGGAGAAAUCUUUUGAAAAGGAAGUGAAAGAGGCUAGACGCCUGGAAAUCCUGGAGACCCGUCGUGCCGCUUACUUGCGCAGUUUCUACUUGAGCAGCAUGAUUUUGCCGGAACGUUUAACUUUGUUUAUCACCAUUGUCGCUGCAGUUCAACUGGGAUCGGGUUCGCUAAUGUCGGCCGACAUCAUAUUUGCCAUGGCAAAUUUGUACCAUGUAUUUCAAUUGGUUGCCGGUAUAUUCUGUCCCAUGGGCAUUUCAUUUGCUGCAGAGGCGUUUACAUCACUCGAACGCAUUGAAAAUUUCCUAAUGCACAAGGAAAAGGCGGAAAUCAAUACCUCAAAGAGCCAUCACCAACAACCCCAUCAUCACAACGCUGUAGAAUUGGAAAAUGUCACUGCUUCUUGGAAUUCAAGCACAACGGAUGAUUCCGAUACAUCGGUGUCAAUUAAAAUGUGUGAAGAUGAUUUAAAAUUGUUGCCCAUAAGGGAACCUGCUAAAAUUACUCUGGCCAAUAUAAGUCUGCAGAUUCCAAAGCAUGGACUUUGCGCCAUUGUAGGUCCAGUUGGAGCCGGAAAGAGUUCCAUUUUUCAAGUGAUUUUGAAUGAACUGGAAUGUGAAAAUGGCCUUGUCAAAGUCGAUGGACAAAUUUCAUAUGCCUCCCAGGAACCCUGGCUGUUUCCAGUUUCUGUCAAGAGUAACAUCAUAUUUGGCCAAGAAGAGGAUAUGGAUCGUUACCAAAAGGUCAUUAACUCUUGUGCUUUGUCCGAAGAUUUUAAGCAAUUGCGUUGCGGCGAUGCUACCCUGGUUGGAGAAGGUGGAGCUUCGUUAUCGGGAGGUCAAAAGGCACGUGUAAACUUAGCGAGGGCAGUAUAUAACAACAAAGCUUCAAUAUAUCUAUUCGAUGAUCCUUUAAGUGCUGUGGAUGCCCGCGUAGGUCGUGAAAUUUUCAACAAUGUCAUGGGCCCCAAUUCGCUGUUGUUGCGGAAUAAGACACGCAUUUUAAUAACCCACCAAAUACAGUACCUAGACCAGGCAGACUACAUUGUUCUGGUGGAAGAUGGCAAGAUAACAGCUACAGGUUGUUUUGAGGAGAUGAGAGGCCGUUUAUCGGACUGCAAUUGGGGUAGCAGUGAUGUUGACAGUGUAGCUGAAGUAAAACCCACCAAGGAAGAAGAGCUUACAGCAAAUGCCAAACAACCCAUGCAAAAUGGCUGUAGUAAAUCGCAAAUCAAUCUGAACACCGAGACCGACCAAGUGGAAGCAGAAGACCAGGGUAAGGGCACAGUAAAAGCCUCUGUAUGGUGGGAAUAUUUCCAUGCUGGAAAUAGUAUUGCCGGUCUCUUGAGUAUUACCCUGAUAUUGAUUGUGUCUCAGGUAAUCUGCAGUGGUGCCGAUUACUUUGUUAAUAUCUACACCAAAAUCAUCUUUAUGGACAAUCUCAAUCAGGAGACUUCUAUAAGUCAAGAUCUCUGCCUGAUCAUCUAUAGUGUGCUCAUAGCUGCUGUGAUUAUUAUGAUUAUUAUGCGUUGUUACCUCUUCUUGAAAACUUGCAUGCAUGCCUCCAAAGUUCUUCACGAACGCAUGUUUUCCAGUAUCCUCAAGGCUACAAUGCGAUUCUUCGACACCAAUCCAUCGGGUCGAAUUUUGAAUCGCUUCUCCAAAGAUAUGGGCGCCAUGGAUGAAAGCUUGCCCCGUUUUAUGUCGGAAUUCACACACUUGGCUCUAGUCAUGUUGGGCGUCCUGGUGGUGAUCUGCAUAGUUAAUCCCAUGGUUUUGGUGGCAAUGUGCGCAGUCGCUCUGGUUUACUUCGUCAUAAUAAAAUUGUAUUUACGCGCUUCACAAGAUCUCAAACGCUUGGAGGGUAUACGUCGCAGUCCAGUAUUCUCACAUGUUUCCUCAUGCCUGAGUGGCUUGGCCACCAUACGUUCACGGAAUCUUCAGCACACCAUGAUUGAAGAAUUUGACAAACUUCAAGAUCUACACAGCGCUGCAUACCACCUGACACUGUCGUCGAACACAGCUCUUGGUUUGUGGCUGGACACCGCCAAUGUUUGCAUUCUCCUGAACUCGGUUACCUUUUCAUUUAUCAUUUUCAAUUAUGGAACCUACAGUGGAAAUGUAGGCCUUGCUAUUACUCAGGCCAUGAUGUUAACUGGCAUGGUUCAAUAUGGUCUAAGGCAACUGGGCGAAGCUUUCCAACAAAUGACAAGUGUCGAAAGGAUCUUGGCAUAUACCAAACUAGAUCAUGUUGAGAAUAAUGCCAAUAAAUUGACUCCCGACAAUUGGCCAUCAGCCGGAGAAAUCCGCUUUAACGACGUCUCACUGCGCUACAAAGAGAAUGGCCAACCUAUUUUGAAGGAUUUAAAUUUAGUUGUAGCUCCGACAUGGAAAAUUGGCAUUGUGGGGCGUACAGGCGCUGGAAAAACUUCAUUGAUUUCGGUAUUGUUCCGUCUUUAUGAUUCGCAGGGUAACAUUUUUAUAGAUGGCAAAAAUUGUGCCGACAUUGAUUUGCAAAUCUUGCGUGCCAAUAUAUCGGUUAUUCCACAACAACCGGUGUUAUUCAGGGGUACCAUACGAUACAAUUUGGAUCCCUUCAAUCAGUAUUACGGCCGAGAAAAAGUACUGACUACAGCUUUGGAAAAGGCCGGCCUCAAUGGACUAAGUCUGGAGGAUGAGGUGGCAGAGUCUGGCAAUAACUUUAGUAUUGGAGAGCGUCAGUUACUCUGCUUGGCCCGUGCUAUUUUGCGCAAGAACAAAAUCUUAGUUUUGGAUGAAGCUACAGCCAAUGUUGAUGAAAACACCGAUUCAUUAAUUCAAAAGACUAUCCGCCAAGAAUUCAAAGAAUGUACUGUUUUGACUAUUGCUCACCGCUUGAAGACUGUAAUGGAUUCUGAUCGCAUUCUAGUUCUGGAUGCUGGCAGGAAAAUUGAAUAUGAUGCUCCUCAUGCCUUGCUGCAAAAUCCGCAAGGACAUUUGAGUCGAAUGGUCGAUGCAACAGGCGACAGUGCCGAAUUCUUGCGUGCCAUCGCUAAACAAGCCUAUAAAAAGUAACAUACUGCCUUCGAAGUAAAAAUUCCUUCUUACUUAUUAUGGUUUCUCUGAGAAAUUCAUUACCAAAUAAUCACAACAUUUAUAGUCAUACAAUUAAGCAAAAAACUAUAAAAUAAAUAAUGAAAUCGAA